AUGUCCCGUCAUGCCAGGGUGGAGGAGGUCUCGGAUUCCGAUCCAGAUGAUAUGGAUCCCGCCGACUUCGACCCCGCCAACUUGCCUGCGAAUUCUAUUAUAUCCCCUGCCAAUAUUCCCUCAGCGACUACAUCAAGGCUGUCCCCGCAGGCCCAAACCUCAGCCCCUGCGCAAUCCUACCCUCCCCAAAUCGACAACAGAGAUAUCCCCCGCUACUAUCAGUGCCUAUAUCCCAUAUAUUUCGACAAAACUCGUUCUCGCGCCGAGGGAAGGAAGGUCAAUAAGAAGUUGGCUGUAGAGAAUCCACUUGCCCGAGAUAUCUUGGAUGCUGUACAGGUGCUAGGACUACGCGUCGGGAUUUUGGAGCCGGAGAAGUUACACCCGAAAGAUUGGGCAAAUCCAGGCCGAGUUAGGGUACAGUUAAAGACCGAUGAUGGCACACCAGUAACUGAUAUUGUCAAAAACAAACAUCACCUUUAUAUCAAAGUGGCGCAAUAUCUCCACGAACAUCCAACCACGGAAGAAUCCCCUUUUCGUCUACGUAUCCGCGGGCUUUCUGUACCAGAAAAACCCAUACCACCCCCUGCCGCGCCGCGGGGCUGGAAGCUUGGAACUAUCCUGCCAUUCCAUUCGCCGGCACUCACGGGCGGAGGUGUGAGUGAUAAUCCUUUUAAGGAAGCGAUGUUGGAAAUGCAACAGCAAGGAUUAGGUGGAGAUAUGCCAAUUAUGCCUGGGAGCGUCCCCGAACCCAAAAAGAAGAAGGAAAAGAAGAAGGCAAAGGCUUGA